AUGAGUAUGAAUAAUGGACAGAGGAAAGAAAUGUCUUGUAAUUGGUUGUUGGUUGAAAAGACCCAUUUCUGCGAAAAAUCAGCACGGGAUCAAUAUUAUGCAUCCCACGCAUUCAAAAUACGAAAGGGCGUAAUAAUCCCACAACCAUGUAAAGGAUGUGGACGAGGCACUAAAUCGAGAGUUCAGCUUUGUGUUUCAUGUGGUCAAG